CUGAAGCCCGAAGACUCAGCGAGACAGUCCUUCCGUAUAAAAUUCUCCUUAGGGUUUUGCUUCCUUGCAUAUCUCUGCUCGAUCCAUUUGGUGUUCGAUACUCAUCAUCGGAAAAGCGAAAUGGGUUCCUCUUCUCUCCUGCUCAGAUCUGCGGCAGCUACAUCUCCUUUGAUGAACGUUUCUUCAUCUUCCCAUCGUUCCCAGGCAUAUUUGGCUGCCAUAGAUCAACGCUCCAACUCUAUAAAGUUUGAAUCAAGCGUCUUUGGUUCAGUUCACCCGAAUCUCCAUUCAUCUUCCUUGCAGUUAAGACGUGGCUCCCAUAGCAUUCGUCCUGCUAAAGCUACAGCAACAGAACUGCCUCCAACAGUUCCAAAAUUUCAUAGUCCGGAGAAGACGAGGGUUGGGAUAAAUGGGUUUGGGAGGAUUGGAAGGUUAGUUUUACGAAUAGCAACACUGAGGGAUAACAUUGAUGUGGUUUCCGUUAAUGACCCUUUCAUUGAUGCUAAUUACAUGGCGUACAUGUUAAAGUAUGAUUCCACCCAUGGCGUGUUCAAUGGGAUCAUCAAGGUUUUGGAUGAAUCUACCCUGGAAAUCAACGGGAAGGCAAUCAACGUUACAAACAAGAGGGACCCGUCAGAUAUUCCUUGGGGUGACUCUGGGGCUGAUUAUGUGAUUGAGUCGUCUGGUAUCUUCACAACAGUGGAGAAAGCAUCCGUGCACAAGAAGGGUGGUGCACAGAAGGUUGUAAUCUCAGCUCCAUCUGCUGAUGCACCUAUGUUCGUGGUGGGUGUCAAUGAGAAGAUGUACAAAACAAGCAUGGAUGUCGUUUCCAAUGCCAGCUGUACCACCAAUUGCCUUGCUCCUUUGGCCAAGGUAGUUCACGAAGAGUUUGGUAUUGUGGAGGGUUUAAUGACAACUGUACAUGCUACCACAGCCACACAAAAGACAGUAGAUGGACCUUCAAUGAAGGAUUGGAGGGGAGGGCGCGGAGCUGGGCAAAACAUAAUCCCCAGCUCAACUGGUGCUGCAAAGGCGGUUGGAAAAGUUCUUCCAGCACUCAAUGGAAAACUUACUGGAAUGGCAUUCCGUGUUCCCACACCUAAUGUCUCCGUUGUAGACCUAACAUGUCGACUAGAGAAGAGUGCUUCUUAUGAGGACGUCAAGGAAGCCAUUAGGAAUGCAGCAGAAGGUCCAUUAAUGGGCAUUCUUGGAUACACCGAUGAAGAUGUCGUAUCAAAUGACUUUGUUGGUGAUUCAAGAUCAAGCAUCUUCGAUGCAAAAGCUGGUAUGGGAUUGAACAACUCAUUGAUGAAGCUGGUGUCCUGGUAUGAUAAUGAAUGGGGCUACAGCAACAGGGUUUUGGAUUUGAUAGAGCACAUGGCACUGGUUGCUGCCUCAAACUGAGAGCACCGUUGAUGCUGAAGUUAUUCUGCUGUCAUUAUUAUUAUUAUGAUUAUUUUAGAAACUAGAGUGUUUCUUCUUGAGCGAGUCUUUUUGUUUGUUUACCGUAAUGGGCUCCAUUUUCUAUUUAUUAAAAAAAGUAGAACAAAUAAUUGGAGCUUGUAUGACUUGUGUCUCGAUUGAGGCCCUAACUCCAUUUUUUAUUAAACAGUGUUUCGUAUUAUUUAUUAUGAAGCAUGUCAUGUCAUCCCACUCUUUGAUGUUGAUUCUGCUUGAAAAAAUGCAAGCCGUCACUUGGCAAAAUUGGCACAUGCCGU